AUGUCGAGUAAUCUGACAGCCAACAACUCCAGUAAUCUGACAGCCAUCAACUCCAGUUAUCUGACAGCCAACAUCACCAGUAAUCUGACAGCCCACAACUCUAGUAUUCUGACAGCCAACAACUCCAGUAAUCUGACAGCCAACAACUCCAGUAAUCUGACAGCCAACAACACCAGUAAUCUGACAGCCAACAACUCCAGUAAUCUGACAGCCAACAACUCCAGUAAUCUGACAGCCAACAACUCCAGUAUUCUGACAGCCAACACCAGUAAUCUGACAGCCAACAUCACCAGUAUUCUGACAGCCAACAACUCCAGUAAUCUGACAGCCAACAACUCCAGUAUUCUGACAGCCAACAACUCCAGUAAUCUGACAGCCAACAACUCCAGUAAUCUGACAGCCAACAACUCCAGUAAUCUGACAGCCAACCACUCCAGUAAUCUGACAGCCAUCAACUCCAGUAAUCUGACAGCCAACAACUCCAGUAUUCUGACAGCCAACACCAGUAAUCUGACAGCCAACAUCACCAGUAAUCUGACAGCCAACAUCACCAGUAAUCUGACAGCCAACAACUCCAGUAAUCUGACAGCCAACAACUCCAGUAUUCUGACAGCCAACACCAGUAAUCUGACAGCCAACAUCACCAGUAAUCUGACAGCCAACAACUUCAGUAAUCUGACAGCCAACAACUCCAGUAAUCUGACAGCCAACAACUCCAGUAAUCUGACAGCCAUCAACUCCAGUAAUCUGACAGCCAUCAACUCCAGUAAUCUGACAGCCAACAACUCCAGUAAUCUGACAGCCAACAACUCCACCAACAACACCAGUAAUCUGACAGCCAACAACACCAGUAAUCUGACAGCCAACAACACCAGUAAUCUGACAGCCAAAAACUCCAGUAUCCUGACAGCCAACACCACCAGUAAUCUGACAGCCAACAUCACCAGUAAUCUGACAGCCAACAUCACCAGUAAUCUGACAGCCAACAUCACCAGUAAGCUGACAGCCAACAACUCCAGUAUUCUGACAGCCCACAACUCCAGUAUUCUGACAGCCAACAUCACCAGUAAUCUGACAGCCCACAACUCCAGUAUUCUGACAGCCAACACCACCAGUAAUCUGACAGCCAACAACACCAGUAAUCUGACAGCCAACAUCACCAGUAAGCUGACAGCCAACAUCACCAGUAAUCUGACAGCCAACAACUCCAGUAUCCUGACAGCCCACAACUCCAGUAUUCUGACAGCCAACAUCACCAGUAAUCUGACAGCCCACAACUCCAGUAUUCUGACAGCCAACACCACCAGUAAUCUGACAGCCAACACCACCAGUAAUCUGACAGCCAACAUCACCAGUAAUCUGACAGCCAACAUCACCAGUAAUCUGACAGCCCACAACUCCAGUAUUCUGACAGCCAACAUCACCAGUAAUCUGACAGCCCACAACUCCAGUAUUCUGACAGCCAACAUCACCACCAACAACUCCAGUAAUCUGACAGCCAACAUCACCAGUAAUCUGACAGCCAACAACUCCAGUAUUCUGACAGCCAACACCACCAGUAAUCUGACAGCCAACAACUCCAGUAAUCUGACAGCCAACAACUCCAGUAAUCUGACAGCCAACAUCACCAGUAAUCUGACAGCCAACAACUCCAGUAUUCUGACAGCCAACAUCACCAGUAAUCUGACAGCCAACAACUCCAGUAUUCUGACAGCCAACAACUCCAGUAAUCUGACAGCCAACAUCACCAGUAAUCUGACAGCCAACAACUCCAGUAACCUGACAGCCAACAUCACCAGUAAUCUGACAGCCAACAUCACCAGUAAUUUGACAGCCAACACCAGUAAUCUGACAGCCAACAUCACCAGUAAUCUGACAGCCAACAUCACCAGUAAUCUGACAGCCAACACCAGUAAUCUGACAGCCAACAUCACCAGUAAUCUGACAGCCAACAACUCCAGUAAUCUGACAGCCAACAUCACCAGUAAUCUGACAGCCAACAACUCCAGUAAUCUGACAGCCCACAACUCCAGUAUUCUGACAGCCAACACCACCAGUAAUCUGACAGCCAACAUCACCAGUAAUCUGACAGCCAACAUCACCAGUAAUCUGACAGCCAACAUCACCAGUAAUCUGACAGCCAACAACUCCAGUAAUCUGACAGCCAACAUCACCAGUAAUCUGACAGCCAACAUCACCAGUAAUCUGACAGCCAACAUCACCAGUAAUCUGACAGCCAACAUCACCAGUAAUCUGACAGCCAACAACUCCAGUAAUCUGACAGCCAACAUCACCAGUAAUCUGACAGCCAACAUCACCAGUAAUCUGACAGCCAACAACACCAGUAAUCUGACAGCCAACAACUCCAGUAAUCUGACAGCCAACAACUCCAGUAUCCUGACAGCUGCUUCGAUAGCAUCUAAUAUAUCACAAGGCACCAGAACCAGUUCUCCUCUUCCAUAA